AUCGCUGUGCGCAAUGGACGAGUCCCUCCGACCUCCUGUACGUUUACAGGCCAUCUCAGCCACCACCAUCUCUCUCAAAAGUGCAAAUGCCAGCGUCAAUGACUUUCUAGCAGAUUUCCAAAGCCGCAGCACUCCUUCAAAGGGAGGAGACACUACCAUUACCGCUCAGUUGCAGAAAUUGAGCGAUGCUCUACAGGAAAGACGGACGAGAGAUAGAAAGAUGCAGGAAUCUACAUGAUUGAAAUCUCCCAUAGACCAUCCUUGUCCUUAUGCACUAUUGUAGUUGGCAGUGAAGAAUAGCGAGCACGUUUUGUAUACGAACAUCUCGUACCUAGCGCUGUGCCUGAACUGAUUGUUGUACUCACACUCAUCUCGCCUAGCUAAAGCGGUUGAGCAGAUUCGUCG